UUGGGACAAAAUGGCUAACUAUGCAUCAAUAACACUUGUUGGUGUUGUUUAUUAAUAGAACGGAAGUGCGGGGUGAUUUUUUUUAUAAAAUAAGUAAAGCAAUAAGAAAGUGCCUUAAAAUAAGUCAAAUUAUUAAAAGUGUAAAAUAAAGUUCAUUUUAUCGUAAUGUGAUUUUUUACUACCGAGUAUCGCUUUAACCGUAUAGUUUUAAUGGGUUUUUAUUAUUUACGCUUUGCUCAUUGGAUCCGAUACGAUGAAAUAAUUUCGCUCAAUUAUGGUGUUUUAAUUGUGAUAUGAAAACGUUGAAGAGCUUUCGCGGUUCGCUUUUUCGUACGUUACAAAUGUUUCGAGGUUUUACGUAUUUAUGACAAAGUAGAUUUACUACAAUCUUACGUCAAUCUCGUCAUCAUUGUUUGGAAUGAUGGAAGAAAGACCUACUUCUCCGCUAACGAGGGAAAGUAGUGUAAAUACAACGUUACACUUAUCGAAUGGGCCAUCGUUACGUCGAACUCCAAGUUCCAGACCACGUUCGGCUACAUCACCGGAAGGAAAUCUACUCGGCUCGAAUCACUAUAAUCUUCAUCCGAUCUCGAAACUGACCAUCGUUAAAGAUAACAGAGGAUACGGUAUGAAAAUAUCCGGAGAUAAUCCAGUCUACGUUCAAUCUGUCAAAGAAGGUGGUCCAGCUGAAAGAGCGGGAUUACAUAGCGGUGAUAAGAUUAUCAAGGUGAAUGGAACCGACGUGACGCAUUCAACUCAUGUUCAAGUUGUAGACCUGAUUAAAUCUUGCGUCGACGAAGUAGAGCUUACAGUACAGAAACGAACGGUAUCGAAUUCUCGUCCUCCGGCGCCGACCUCGUUGAGCAGUACGAAUUGUAGUCCGAAUAAUCGCAGUCCUUCGCCGAUGCCGCCGACUACCACGACCUGCAGUACGCCGACCCGGACGACGAUGCCGAAUCUGCAGAGACCGCUGCAUCAUCAUCAUUCGGCUCCGGCUCGUGAUCGUAUCACCGGACCUCAACCUGUCGAUCACGAAAAACGACGUCAAUUAGAAUGCCAAAGGCUGGAAACAUUUCGCCUAAUGGUGGAGAAAGAACAACGUUACAUCGAAGCUUUACGUAGCGAAUUGGUGAAAUGUACAGAUCCGCAGAGUGAGAAACAAAUAUCGCGCGAUUUGAUCGGAGCCGAACGAAGACUGAAAACAUUGCAAGAUCAAUUACAAGGCAACACCUCGAAUUCGAAUUGCAGCACAUUGCCAUCGUCUCCGAAUAACGGCCUUAUCGACGUACAACUUCCCACGACUCCUCCACCUCCUCCUCCCUUAUCGACCCUUCCAUCGCGUAUGGGGGCGCAUUCGACACCAUUGUCGUCGAACGUGUCUUCUGCCAACGUUAGCGACUCAAACUUGGAGUCGCCUCCUCCAUUGCCAUCACGUAAUCCGCGCACUGUAACCUCUCCGGUGUUGGGUCUGUCCCCUACAACAACGUCUCCUCCGCCUUUACCUCCUAGACAAUAUCUGCACAGUAAUAGUAAUAACGUCGAUGGAUGUCAAGAUUCAGUCGUCUGUACAGAUCUGAGCUCACCCACUUCGCCGGUACCGGUACAUCACCAACGAACGAAAUCCAAUCCGGAUAGGGUCAAUAGUAUGGCGAAUGCCGCUAAACGCCUGCUGAACGCCGAAUCUCUGGGCGAUCUGAGUUCGAUGAAGAGGAGCAAAGGAGGCGUAUCAUGGAGUGUGGAAUCGCCUCUGACGAGUACGCCGCCUGGUACACCGCCACCUCCUUAUCACGGUACGCCGCAGCAUCGUCAAGACAGUAAUAAUUCGUCGUCUGUGCCAUCACCUCCGAUACCUCCGCCACCUCCGGAUGAAUUCGAUGAAAGCAACAGGAGAGAUAGUUCUUCCUUUCGACUCGAUUCGUCUUCUCCGAACGGUUCGAGUUUGCUGCAAAAUACAAUCAUAUCGAUGGAGGAUGACGAUAUGUCUGAUCAAGAAACGAGUCAAUUAGAAGAACAAGGCCCUUUCAAAAGCAUAUCGAAGUUAUUGGAUCAUAAUGCUCAUUUGGCAGUCUUCCUUAAUUAUGUGAUAUCUAAUAGUGAUCCUUCUAGUAUAUUAUUUUAUUUAGUUACUGAAUUAUAUAAAGAGGGCAAUGGCAAAGAGAUGCGCAAAUGGGCGUACGAAAUUCAAUCGAGCUUUCUCGGUCCCGGAGCGCCUCUGAAGUUGAAGAACGUCGACGAUAAUAUUGCUCGCGAUAUCGAUAAUAUUCUUGUUCACGAAAGCGAUAAAGAAGAAAUGCUUAAAAAGAUAUUUUGGAAAGCUCGUGCCAAAGCCAAAGACGAAUUAAACGAGCAACUAGCCGACUUUCAGCAAAAAAGAAUAGCCGGACUGGCCACAUUAUACGGUCCAAACGACGAGGGCCUCAAAGAAUGCUACCAGGAUAAAAGUAAAGAGCUUAAAGUGAUCGCCGAUUACCUCGUGCCUAAAUUGGAACCUUAUGUCGAAGAAUUGGAUAAAGAAAAGGUAGAUGAUGAAAAAUUCACCAUCGCCGCAGCCUUGAGUACAAUAAUAUCGAAAUUUUUCGGCUUCCGAGGACAGCACUUUAAUACGAUGCUGGAUCGAUGUCCGACGUUCGUAUCGAAAGAUAAGUCACUUUUCAAGGCUCGCUUCAUCGGGAAGGGUAGAAAAAAGGUCAACGUGGCACGUGUUCGUAGUACGAGUGCGAAGCGUAAGCGAAAAACGCAAACUAGUGAAAAUACGACCGCUGCUAAGUUGAAAGAUGGAUCGAAAUUCUUUGGGAAUACGGCUAUAUCGAGAAAAAAUUGCGUUAUGUCUAGAAAAUAUCGUAUCUUCGGUGUUGAUAGAAUGAGAAAAAUGAAGGUGACCGUUCGAGGACAUCAAUUUAUUGCUCAUCAGUAUUUUACCGUUACGUACUGCAAUCAUUGCCAGAAUAUUAUUCGUGGUAUCGGACCGCAAGGAUACCAGUGUUCAAGUGAGUAUUGUAAUUUAAAUAUCCAUCGACCUUGUGCCAAAGUGCUCGAAGAAACAUGCCCGGGACCAGCGAUGAAAAAAGAUCGCGGCAAUGAUAAAUUAAGAAAUUUCAUGGAUAAAAUUCGACCCGAACGAAACGAUCCGCGGAGGAAACCUAGUACGUUGAAUUUUCCUCAAAAUAGAGAUUCUAUUUACGAUUACGUCGAAAGGAUUCGUAGACAAGGAGAAGAUCGCGAGGAAGGCUCGUCAACGGAUAACGACUUAGGCGAGAAAUCGUCAUCGAGUAGUAAAAGCAAUAAAUCCAACAAUGCUGGCAGUAAUCUGGUCGAUUCGUUUAAAGAAACCGAUGAAAAACAGACGAGUAAACAAUUCAUCGAUUCGGAAAAUACGAAUUUUUUACGUGAUAUAACACCUCCUUCUCAUCAUUUAUCGCAACGAUGCAAAGCUGGCACUUCGAUCAACAGGUCCGAAAGUUAUAAGGAGAGGAUACAUCCGAAGAGACAAGUUCGAGAACGGAGGAAGACCAGCGAUCCAAAUCUAUCUAAAACUAAUACCGAUGUAGAAGUAGAUAAUAAUUCUCAGUUUCCAUAUCCUAGUACCAAUUCUGGAAGUUCCUCAAAUUCAAAUCUAUCUUCGAGAAGUUUAGAUAGUCCUAGUAAUUCGUUAGAAGUAGUCGGCAGCAGUAACAAAGGAAGCUGCGAGAAUACCAGCGUCACAGUUCCAAAUACCUGCAGUUCCUCUACCGGUAGUCUAAUCUCGUGUCCAGUCAGCAGGAUAACGGCAUGGGAUAGCGAUACAGAAGCCGAACCCGAUCCGCCAGAUUGGACUAAAUGCGUGCCGCCGGAUGUGUUGAGAAAUCUAACGUCGUCCGAGAAAAAAAGACAAGAAGUUAUUAAUGAAUUAUUUCAUACAGAAAGAUCUCACGUUAGAGCGUUGAAAAUACUAGAUCAGUUGUUUUAUCAGCCAAUGAGAGAGCUGCAGAUAAUACCUCCUGAACAGCUACAGUUACUAUUCGCUAAUUUAGACGAAAUGCUCGAAAUACAUUCGCAAUUUAAUAAUAAUAUGAAGCUGAAGAAAAAAGAAAAUUCCAUCGUUGGCGAUAUCGGCGAUAUUUUAUUAAAAAUGUUCGACGGCGCCGAAGGCGAAAUAUUCGAAGAUGCUGCCGCUACCUUUUGUUCGAGGCAGCAGAUCGCCUUGGAAGCGUUGAAAGAACGCAGAAGAAAAGAUCCAAAUCUGCAGAAAUUUUUAAACGACGCCGAAUGUAAUCCGAUUUGCAGACGGCUUCAAUUAAAAGAUAUUAUACCGACCGGAAUGCUUAGGCUAACCAAAUAUCCGUUAUUAUUUGAGAACCUAGCCAAGCAUACGAAGAAUAAUCCGGAAGAAGAGAAAUGCGUUCAGCGUGCUUUAGAACGCAGCAAAGAGAUACUGAAUCGAGUCAACGAGGCUGUGAAAGACGCCGAAGAUCAACAUAAAUUAGCCGAAAUACAACGUAAACUAAUCGUCGAUAAGACUAACUUCGAUAAGGAUAUUCCCGUAGCCAAUGAAUUUAGAAAUUUAGACUUAACUAAACAUAAAUUAAUACACGAAGGCGUACUGAAAUGGAUGAUAGAUAAUACGAGGCCGGACAAGAAACCGAAAUUGGUGGAUUUGUACGUGCUGCUGUUACAAGACAUAAUUGUGCUGCUGCAAAAAUCGGACGAAAAAUACAUAUUGAAAUUUUUCAACAUGAAUAGUAAAAUUAAAGAAAGUAGUCCGGCUUUUUGGUGUCCAGUCAUCAAAGUCUCCGAAGUGCUAGUCAAAACUCAAGCCAGAGAAAAAGUCCUUUAUCUAGUGAAUCAACCAGAGGGCGAACCUCAGUGGUACACUCUACUCGCUUCAUCGUUGUCAGAACGAGAUACAUGGUUUAACCGAAUUUCGGAAGCUGCCGACGCUUAUAGCAAAGCUAAGGAAAAUAAACAUAAGAGCAGAUCGUCCGACGUAUCAAAUGUUCCUCUGCAUGAUCUAGAUAGUGAGAUCGAUCAAGUUAACCAGUUCGCUAAAACCAAAGAGAACGAACAUGGCGGCGUAUCGGAUACCGCAAAUUUACCUCCGAGUAUAAAUGCUCCUAGUUCUCAAGAUGAUUCCGGUCAUGGUAACGAUGCCGCUGCUAGAAAAUCAGGUACGAGCGGCGGAGGCAUUAGCCCGGGUCAACGGAGAAAAGGCGCUGUUAACGCUGAACGUAAACGACUUCCGGAGAAUUUGUUAAUCGAACCUUCGCAAGUUUCGGUAUUCGAGCGAACCGUACAUACAGCCGAAGCGGUACUCACUCCUUUGGAAAGACUACGUAGAAAAGAUGAACUGAUAAGAGAAGCGCUACAAGAGAAGCAGAAAUUAGUUGCCGAUAUAUUGCACGUGCCAAAAGACGAAUUCGAAACCAUAUCCGAUCUAGCCACUGAACCAGCGUUCAACAAAGAAGCUUCCGAAUUGGUUUUGGCAGCCGUCAAUCAAGCCGACCAAUUAACCAGCAUCCUAAACGAAUGUCUGCGAGUGACCGAAGAAGACACGGUCGCAGCCAGCGCCGAAGUUCUGGUAUCAAGUAGUACCAGCAGCAGCACGGCGACUACCGCGGCCGGCGGCGGUAAAUCACCUACCCGCACAUUUCCCCCUCUACCGGUUCCUAAAAUACAAUCGAUUAGCAGCGUGUUGAGCGCCAACUUGACUCAGCUCUUCGCGGUCAUCACCAAUCACGAAGAAGAACGCGAGAAAUGGAGGCAAGAGUUGCAGAAAUAUCGCGAAGAGGUCCAUCGUAUGCACGAAUUGCAGCAACUUCAACAACAACGCGUCGACGAACAAAACUCGGCCGCUUCGAGUGCCACAACUCCCGCUCCUGCCCCUGCCCCUGCUACAGUCGCUGAAGGAGAUGUGUCAUCUAGUGUGACCAGCUCAGCUGCGACGACCGAAGAUCACAACAAAUCACCGAUCACAACAACUUCGUCAGCGACUGGUGAUUCGUCUGCGGCUGCGGCCAAUGGUGCUGACUCGGUACAGAACGAGAAGAAAUGAUGGCUGUUGCGAGGAGCUCCCCUUCCCCCCACUGAUAAACUUCUAUCUGGUAUCGUACUACCUGUUUAAUUGAAAAAUGAAAAUAGGCCAAUCGUGUACAACUUACCUCUCUCUCUCUCUUCCUACCUACGUAAUUUUUACCUACCUACCUUACGUACCCUGUUUUGUUUUUUUUUACGCCUCGUAUAGACGAAUUAUUAUUAUUUUAUACCAUAAAAAUAUUCGACUAUAUAAGUAUCCCUUUUUUCCCUCCUCUCCUCGAAUAUUAUUUAUUAAUAUUAUUAUUAUUAAUAUUGUUGUUGUUGUUGUUAGCGUUUAAGACGACGUGUUGUUUGGACUGUCUUUUUCCUCUCCUUCUCCUUUUUUCCUUUUACGUUUUUCGUUAUCCUUGUUCUUUUUAUUUAUUUUUUUUCCCUCGUGUUUACGUUGUAUUAUUUAUUAUUUAUUGUAACGCACAAAAAAAAAAACGUGUCGAUAGUGAAGAAAUUUAUAGAGAAGAAAAAUAGCGUACAAAUCAUCAAUAUUUUUUUUUUUUAGAAACGGAAUCAUAAUAACGUUGAUUUUAUUUUUUAUUUUUUUUUUAGUAUUGACAAUAAUUAACUCGAUCGAAAAAGAGACGUAUUUUUUUUCAAUAAAGUAAAGAAAAAAAUGAAAUAAAAAUCAAGUGAUAUUACCAUAUUUAAAUUUAGUAAAAAAAAAAUUACGUAAAUGGUAUUUUAAUUUUUUUUUUAAGAACGUAUUUUUUAUUUUAUUUAAAAAAUGGAGUAAUUACGUUACCGUCAUUUUCAUUAUUUUUUUUCGAAAAUUCUAUUUUGUUUAUUUUUUCCUUUCUUUUAUUUUUGUAUAUUUUUAAUUUUUACAUUUGUAUUGGAUUCAGUCGGUUAUUCGAUUUUCAGUGUAACGUUAAGUUACUUUCAGAGAUUUUUUUUUUCGUUUUUUUGACGUUCCCACAAUUAUUCUACGUUAUUUCGGUGUCAUUGUAGUACAUUUUCGUGUGUGUUUGUGUGUCUGUGUGUGUGCAUGUGAGUGAAUCUGUUGAUGGCGUAAGAGUUGUGUAGUAUUCUGCUAUUGCGGGUUUGUGUAAUUUAUUUAUUAAUUUUUCGAGUCGUGUGUUCUCGUCGACGAUACGAUACGAUACGCCAUUUAAAAAAAAAAAAUUCAAAGGGAAAAUAUUAUUGAAAGAUACGUUUAUUACCAUUAUUUAUUAUUAUUUUUCUAGCUGUUUACGGUGAAUUUUUUUUUCUUGUGUGUUUGUAUUUUAGUGUUACUCUUUUUUUCCCUUCUUCUUCGAAACUCAUUGUAGGUGAAAUAAUAAGGUAAAAAAUAAAAAUCGCGACGAUUAUUUAGAAAUUAUUAUUAUAAAAAUUAUUAUACCUACGUAGAUGUUUCGAUAACGAAAUCAUAUCAUAAUCUCUGUAAACAAAUCAGACUGUAUUGUUUGAAAAUUUCACUUUGUACCUUUACUAUUAUACUCUUUAAAUAAUUGUAUGUCGUGUGUUUGUGUGUAUAUAUGUAUUGUUUUAUACCUACGUCUUUAUUGUGUGCGUGUUUUAUUUCCUUUUUAUUUUCUUUCUUCUCUUUUUAUUAUUAUUUUUUUUUCGAUUCUGUUGUUUUUGAGUUUUGCGUACGUUUAACGACGACUACGACGACGAAGGCCUUAGGUCAUUGGCAUCGGUCGAGUACGCGAUUCGCGUUCUGUUUCAUGUAUUUAUAUAUCUCGAUAGAUUGUAUAUAAUGUUAUCAUUUUUAAAAAUAUAUUUAUGUUUGAAAAUA